AGCUGCGGGUCCGUCGUCGGCGCGGCCUGCGCGUCUCCCUGGCUCGUCCGGAACGCUUCUCGUCAGCGCACCCCCUCCUGACCCGCUCCCUCUCCGCGGGGAGCGGCGCCCGCCCGGCGCAGCCUCCUGCCCGGCGUCGGCUGAAGUUGGCACGCCCCUCCGCUUCCCCUCGCGGCACGGCCGGGACCGCCAGGCCGUUUUCGCCUGGUCGCCAUGGCGCCCACUAUCCAGACCCAGGCCCAGAGGGAGGAGGGUCACAGGCCCAAUUCCCACCGGACUCUGCCAGAGAGGUCUGGAGUGGUCUGCCGCGUCAAGUACUGCAAUAGCCUCCCUGACAUCCCCUUCGACCCCAAGUUCAUCACCUAUCCUUUUGACCAGAACAGGUUUGUCCAGUACAAAGCGACGUCCUUGGAGAAACAACACAAACAUGACCUCCUGACUGAGCCAGACCUGGGGGUCACCAUCGACCUCAUCAACCCCGACACCUACCGCAUCGACCCCAAUGUUCUGCUGGAUCUGGCUGACGAGAAGCUUCUGGAAGAGGAGAUUCAGGCCCCCACAAGCUCUAAGCGAUCCCAGCAGCAUGCUAAGGUGGUGCCCUGGAUGCGCAAGACGGAAUACAUCUCCACCGAGUUCAACCGUUACGGUAUUUCCAAUGAGAAGCCUGAAGUCAAGAUUGGGGUUUCUGUGAAGCAGCAGUUCACCGAGGAGGAAAUAUACAAAGACAGGGACAGCCAGAUCACAGCCAUCGAGAAGACUUUUGAGGACGCCCAGAAGUCGAUCUCCCAGCACUACAGCAAGCCCCGGGUGACACCAGUGGAGGUCAUGCCUGUCUUCCCAGACUUUAAGAUGUGGAUCAACCCCUGUGCUCAGGUCAUCUUUGACUCAGACCCAGCCCCCAAGGACACAAGCGGCGCGGCAGCACUGGAGAUGAUGUCUCAGGCCAUGAUCAGGGGCAUGAUGGAUGAGGAAGGGAACCAGUUCGUGGCCUACUUCCUGCCCGUGGAAGAGACGCUGAAGAAACGAAAGAGGGACCAGGAGGAGGAGAUGGACUAUGCGCCUGAUGACGUGUAUGAUUACAAGAUUGCUCGGGAGUACAACUGGAACGUGAAGAACAAGGCCAGCAAGGGCUACGAGGAAAACUACUUCUUCAUCUUCCGAGAGGGCGAUGGUGUCUACUACAAUGAGCUGGAGACCAGGGUCCGCCUCAGUAAGCGUCGGGCCAAGGCUGGGGUGCAGUCUGGCACCAAUGCCCUGCUUGUGGUCAAACACCGGGACAUGAAUGAGAAGGAGCUGGAAGCUCAGGAGGCACGGAAAGCUCAGCUGGAGAACCACGAGCCUGAGGAGGAAGAAGAGGAGGAGAUGGAGGCAGAGGAGAAAAUUGCUGGGGGCUCAGAUGAAGAGCCGGAGAAGGGCAGCAGCAGUGAGAAGGAGGGCAGUGAGGACGAGCGCUCAGGCAGCGAGAGCGAGCGGGAGGAAGGUGAGCGGGAGGAGGCGGCCAGUGACAAGAGUGGCAGCGGCGAGGAGAGCAGCGAGGACGAGGCCCGGGCCGCUCGGGACAAGGAGGAGAUCUUUGGCAGUGACGCUGAUUCAGAGGAUGACGCCGACUCUGAUGAGGACGACAGAGGACGGGCCAGGGGCAGUGACAAUGACUCGGACAGUGGCAGUGAAGGGGGUGGCCGCCGGAGCCGGAGCCGCAGCGCCAGCCCCUUCCCCAGUGGCAGUGAGCACUCGGCCCAGGAGGAUGGCAGUGAAGCCCCACCUUCGGAUUCCAGUGAUGCGGACAGCGACAGUGACUGAGUGGCUGGUUCCCAGGGCUGGGUGGUCACCAAAGUGUUCGUCUUGUGGUCAAUGUGUAAGCUCUUGGCUUUGUUUGCUCCCACCCCGCCCCCACCUUUGCUGUUAAUAAAGGGAACUUUUCUCCCCGC